AUGGUGAUGAGUGGAAUGGGCCGCGGAUUCAGAGGGGACCUACUAAGUAUUCAUGAAAUUGGCGAGGAAAAUGUCAGUGUGGUCCAGGGCCGGUUCAACCUGGGUAUGAUACAGCGGAGUUUUCAACGUGUGCGUCCGGCGUUUUCAAACCGCCCUGAUAAAAGGAUUUCGUACUGCAAGAUCCAAAGGACCGUCGAGACGGCGUGCCACUGCCGUGAAAAAAAGCUAAGGAGAGGUCUUUCCAACGAUAGACUGUCGCGGAUGGCACCCACCAACACCCGUGGAUUUUCCUCCCUACCCGCUGAACUCUACCAUGAAAUUGCGUCGCAUUACGGUUCCUCCCAUGUUUCCUCCAAGCAGCAGACGGUCUACGACGGCAAACCCUUUGAACGACGCGCCACUCUUCUCGCGCUGUCCCAAACAUGCGUGAAGCUGCGCGGCAUAUUUUUGCCGUUAGCCUGGCAACAGAAACACAUCCAAGCUCACCAACAGCGACAUUCAGCACAGGAAUUCUCUUCAGGCCUCACAAGGCUGUUGAAGGUCGUGACACUAUAUAAUCCUGCCCUUUCUUCUUACGUCAAAGCCGUGAACGUGGUAGUGCCGAACGAUCCUUCCACGACGACCUUCGAAGAACUUGCUUACUUCCUUCGGCUCUUGCCAAACCUCCUUACGAUCCAGUUACUCAACCUUCAAGACAAAUUCGCCACCGCCUUCUCCAAGGCAUUUGAUCAUAAAAAAUGCAUCCUGCUACGAGUGCGAACGCUUCUGAUAGCGGACACUGCAAUUCAUCUGGUCGCUUGUUGUUCCAAAGUAAGGAGAGUCACUGCCGUCGGGUCUUGUAAAGCGCGCUUUGUGAGAAUCCUGGCGUCGAGGUGUCAAGAGAGCUUCUUAAAGGAGCAAGCGUCGUUGAACAUUUUCCUCAAGUCACCAGCAUAUCCCAUUAUUUUUGCGAUGGAGAUCUUAUGA